AUGUCGAACCUCUCCACAGACUCGUCAAGUGACAAAGAAAACGCGUCUCCCGAUAUGCCCAAAGUAAACAGUGCCUCAUCAUCUGGAUCUAUCCAUUUUCCCGUGUUUGCUGGUGACUUUGAGGAUGAAUUGGACUGGAGAUUCUUCCAAGACUCCAUUUCCAAAAGACGUCGGCAAGGUGUAUACCGCCAUCGACCUCCCGUGUGGUGUCUGGGGCCGCGUCCAAACCAGGAACUCUCUGCUACAUCUGAAGGCUGCAGUCUAGUCUGUGAUGGAAGUGAAGAGGAUGCCUGCGAGAAUGACUCUCGUAUCGAGGAACCCGAUCAUCGCCAUCUAUGCAUUCCGUUCUAG